CACCGCGAGCUGUCAAAAUUGUUGUAAACAUUAAAAAUAUUGCUCGCUCUCCGGCAUCGCGAAACACAAAACUGCGUGUCGGUUCCAAAUUUGUUAAUAUUUCGCUUGAAAUCGUUAUUAUUGUGUGCUAACUAUUGUUCCACAGCUACAAGACAGCAUAUACAUCAACAGCUAUCAUGGCUUUGCGUGCAGAGUUUGAGAAUAAUGACGAUAUCGGUGUGUUCAGCAAACUUACCAACUCAUACUGCCUUGUUGCGAUCGGAGGUUCAGAGGCAUUUUACAGCGUGUUUGAGUCGGAGUUGGCAGACGUGAUUCCAGUGGUUCAUACCAGCAUAGCCGGAUGUAGAAUCAUCGGUCGACUGUCGGUGGGCAACAAGAAUGGACUGGUAGUGCCGAACAGUACGACAGAUGUGGAACUGCAGCACUUGCGAAAUUCGUUGCCGGAUUCGGUGAAAAUCCAUCGCGUCGAGGAGCGACUGUCGGCCCUGGGCAACGUGAUCGCUUGCAAUGACUAUGUUGCCCUGGUCCAUCCGGACAUUGAUCGCGAGACGGAGGAGAUUAUUGUGGAUACGCUGGGCGUGGAAGUGUUCCGUCAGACCGUGGCUAACAAUGUGCUCGUCGGUGCGUACUCCGUGCUAAGCAAUCAGGGUGGGCUCGUGCAUCCCAAGACGCCCAGCCAGGAGCUGGACGAGUUGGCAUCGCUUCUACAAAUUCCACUUGUGGCCGGUACGGUGAACCGGGGCUGUGAGGUGCUUGCCGCCGGUAUGGUAGUGAACGAUUGGUGUGCAUUCUGUGGUACAAGCACUACCUCGACCGAGCUGUCCGUGGUGGAGAGCGUAUUCAAGCUUAAUGAAGCGCAACCUUCCAAUGUCACCAGCAACCUCCGAGCAUCCCUGAUUGAAGCAAUGUCGUAAGCCAGUCUGUAGCUGGACGUUUCAAGGAUUCGUAAAUACUGUGAGCGUGUUUGGAAGGGUAAAGAUCUUGACGCAGUCAUUUGUGUCGAUCGUUUUCCAUGUCCGGGGGAUGAGCAGUGUAUGGAGUCGUUGGUAUGGUAUGGUAAUAUUCUAACAAAGACAGCAAAGUGCUACAAAAAGAUUGUACAAACCUCUAACCGGUGGUAUGGCUCCAUGAUACAUAACAAUAUAACCGUAUUGUUCCGUCGCAACAAUUUCCCCAACAAUCGAACUUUGAAUUUUACUUCCCCCUUAUCACCUCCACAAAUGUACAAUGGCGAUGGCGAAAUUGAACGGACUCUUGUGUUUUUGAAAAACAAUAUAUAUACGUUUUAUUUUGAAAAUCAUCAUUAUAUCGAACAAUUAGUUAUAUGAAAAUACAUCUGAUACGUGACCCAACUUCAAAA